CCUGCGCCGGCCGUGGCCCCGUUUCCGCUUCCGGGCGGUGCCUCCCUGUGGCGCGCUCUUGAAGCUAGGCGGUCGCCAUGGAGCUCUUGGGAGAGUAUGUCGGACGGGACGGGCAGCGGCAGCGGCUGCGCGUGCCCUGUGAGGCGCCAGGUAACGCUGACCGUUUCCAAGUCCUGUUGUUGGCCCAGAUGAAAGAUCUGAUACCCGAUUUCUUCGACCCGCUGGUACGGCGGGAAGCGCAGGACCGAGUGGCUGCACCGCCAGACGAGGCCUCGGACGGUCAUGACGAAGAUGAUGCAGAAGAUGAAAAAUACAUUGGUAACACACCUAACUCAGAUGGACCAUCUGCAAAACGGCCCAAACCGCCAUCUUAACGAUAGCGUUUAUGACGUUUAAGAGACUUCUAUUAUAUCCUAAUUAUCACAAACUGACAUUGAAGGAUAGUUUGUGCUCCUGUUUGGAGAAAUGGUUAUUUUAUUCUGCGGGGACAAUUGUUUGUCAGAGAAAGCUGUUUCUUAUGUUUCUAACAAAGAAGAUAAAUGUUUAGAAGUGAAAUCUGUUUUCUUGUGAGAGAAAUAAGCUUUAGGCUAUGGAAUAAAAUAGAACACUUCAUAAUAUAUAGAGUCCUCUAAAUUGGGAAGUGAAUUUUAUCAUUUUAUUCUACUUUUAAAAUAACCAUUGAAUUGAACUGUGUCAUAUCUACAUCUUUUAGCCUUUGCUUCUGUUAUGAAAGGUGUAUGUCAUGGUUUAUAGGCAAGAACGUUUCAAAGAACUGACAAAGCAAGUGAUGAAACAGGGUAUUACAUAUCAGAAUGUCAGUUCUUUAUAAAGGGAAGGGAAAAAGGAAACAGAAAUACUAAAGAGAAAGGAAAGUCCUUGAGAGAGACCCAAGAAGACCUUGAAUUCACAGCUACAUCCCAUGUAUACAUACCCACAUAUACCACUUAACAAUGUGUAUUAAUUUUAUGAUUUAUCUUGUAUCUUAAGAGAGCCGGGUGAGUUAUGUUUUCAUGCUGUGCUACAUGUAUGUACAUAAGUGCAAACAUAAGGCCUUAAAUAAACAAUCAUGUUGACUGUGACUUGGAUACUGCUUCUCCUCCUGUAGCCACACUUCAGGCUUAACAAAGGACUGUUGAAUGCGUUUAAAUACAUAUAUUCAGAAAAUUUA